AUGCAGGGCUUUGGCACGAUAGUCAUCCUGAAACAAAUGGUCCUGUUUUUCUUGGAGAGGCUCCCUCCUGCAUCAGAGGACCUUGAGUCAGAGUUCCUGACUAUCACUGAUCGUAUCUGCACGCUGUUUCAAAGCAUCACUGCCAGAUUCCGCAACAUCGUUAAUGAGGAGCUGGAGAAGUGUACCGACUCAGACAGUAAGAAGUACUGGGCUUACACCUUCUACUGGGAGUACAUGAAGAGGUACCCAUCAUCCCAGUGCCUGGGGAUUGAAGCCUUCACAUGUGAUGAGGAGAGAUGUUUAGUGGUGGCCAAAAUGUUUGCAAAGAAGAUGUACCCCAAGAUGCUCCCCUCAGCAGCAGACUUCGACGAGGCUGAAGAUUCAGGCAGCAAUGGAUCUGUGGACUUGAACCUGGCGAUCCCAGAGACCGCUAACCCUGUCAAAGUGGUAGACAUCACAACACCCCUGGCCACUAAUCCAGUCAACCUUCAGGUUUUGGAUGAAACACUUGUCCUUCAGUCAGGCUUUGCCACAGCACACUGUACCUCACCUCCAGGCUUUGCCACGGCACACUGCACCCCACCACCAGGUUUUACCCCGGCACACUGCACCCCACCAACAGAAUUUUCCCCAGCACCCUGCAUUCCACCCCCAGGCUUUGCCCUUGCAACCUGCACCUCGUCGCCAAGCUUUGCCGCUAAUACCAUGCAGGGCUUUGGCACGAUAGUCAUCCUGAAACAAAUGGUCCUGUUUUUCUUGGAGAGGCUCCCUCCUGCAUCAGAGGACCUUGAGUCAGAGUUCCUGACUAUAACUGAUCGUAUCUGCACGCUGUUUCAAAGCAUCACUGCCAGAUUCCGCAACAUCGUUAAUGAGGAGCUGGAGAAGUGUACCGACUCUGACAGUAAGAAGUACUGGGCUUACACCUUCUACUGGGAGUACAUGAAGAGGUGCCCAUCAUCCCAGUCCCUGGGGAUUGAAGCCUUCACAUGUGAAGAGGAGAGAUGUUUAGUGGUGGCCAACUUGUUUGCAAAGAAAUUGUACCCCAAGAUGUUCCUCUCAGCAGCAGACGUCGAUGAGGCUGAAGAUUCAGGGAGCAAUCGACCUGUGGACCUGAACCUGGCAAACGCCAACGAAUUUGUCCCUAACCCUGUCAAGGUGUUGGAGUUGCUUCAACCCCUGUCACUGCCAGACAUCAAAAAGCCCUUGACCACUAUCCAUGACAAAGUGCUGGACAACACAACAACAACCCUGGUUGAUGCCCCAGUUAAGGUGGACAGCAUCACAACACCCCUGGUUGAUGCCCCAGUUAAGGUGGAAAACAUCACAACACCCCUGGUUGAUGCCCCAGUUAAGGUGGACAACAUCACAACACCCCUGGUUGAUGCCCCAGUUAAGGUGGACAACAUCACAACACCCCUGGUUGAUGCCCCAGUUAAGGUGGACAACAUCACAACACCCCUGGUUGAUGCCCCAGUUAAGGUGGACAACAUCACAACACCCCUGGUUGAUGCCCCAGUUAAGGUGGACAACAUCACAACACCCCUGGUUGAUGCCCCAGUUAAGGUGGACAACAUCACAACACCCCUGGCCACUAAUCCAGUCCACCUUAAGGUUACCGAUGAACCAGUUGAAUUCCAGUCAGAAGAUGUUGUGGUCAUUAAACCAAAGAAAAGCAGAGCCAUGAGAUUCUUCAGUCGACUUUUCUGCUGCAUAAACGAAGAUGAUUUGAUGGUGUGAACCUGACCAGCUUUUCAGAGGAUAAUUUCAGCUCACACACAAACACACGGGCACGCACACACAUGUAUUCGCAUGCACACACACACACAAACACACACACACACACACACACACACACACACACACAC